UUUGGGCUACCUGUGGCUGACAGUGCGAAACGUAUUUCCACGGACUGCAAAAACGCAUAUUUCUGCUGUGUCUACAAUGAAGCCAAAAUCCUUCUUUUGAAAUAACAUUACAUGGCAUGGAUUCGCUUGCCAUUUCGCACCUAAGUCUAGAGGAGCUACCUCAGCCCUUUUCUCGCCCGUCAGAUCAUGGAAAAACGGACCAAAGCAUCGAGACCUGUGGGCAAGAAGAAGCUAAACAUGGCGGCCAGUGGAGAUCGUCACCAGAGUCCCAGGAAUCUGGGUGCUUGAGUGAAAGCGAAGAAGAAUCUCAAGAGAUAUCAUCGUGUGAAACAAAAAAUAGGUAUGAUAUAGACUACGGCUCGCAAGAUAUGCCAAUGGAAGCCGUGAAUAUCGCAAAAGCGGGCCCAAGCGACAACUACAGCCUUAAUAUUCAAAACAAGGGGAAUCUCGUGGUUCAACUUGGGGAUGACAGAGAACACACUUUCCAAAGGCAGCUGGCCGUGCCUAUGAAACGUCGUAACAAUUUUCACGGGUCGAACACCAAGAUCCUGCGACUACGCAUUCGUAACUCCAGCCAAAUCGUGGGCGCGACUUCCAAGAAACGAAAGAGACGCGAGGUUUUGGGCUACAAGAAAGGUGGUCAGUUAGAUAAAAACAGUUCCACCAAAAAUGUAUAUAUCGAUAUCAAAGACAACUCGGGUCCUAUUCAAAUUUCCAAUGGAUCAUGUAACAUUAACAAGUACAAUAUCAACAUAGUGAAUUCUUCAGGGAAUGUAGUGAUAGGAGACAAUGCAAAGUGCGAGCAUAACUUUGUCACAGGGGAGAAUGUGACAGCAGAUGGGUCACAUCCAAAUAUGUUAGUGUCCCCAACAUCCCCCCUAGUGGUGCGAGCUAGUAAAUCAUUGGCCAAAAGAACACAACUGAUUUACACAUUGAUCGGAGACAUUUACCCAUUACGUGAAAAUGGAAAGUGGGACUUGUUUUAUCAAAGUAUUAAUCAAAGGCUUAAGAUUGUUCGUAAUGCUGGGCAAAGAGAUGUUCAAAUAUUUUUAAUGAUUGAGAAAAGCAUUGGACUUCGUUAUCAAAAAAAGAAUGAAGAUGCUCUAAACCUUCUUAACAAGGCUAACAAGAAGAUUUCAGAACAUGCCCUGGAACUGCGAGAAUUCCUGCUUGCACUUUCCCACACUGAACUUGCUGCUCUUUACCGAAGAGAAGGGAAGAAAUUGAAAACUUAUGAUGCAUUAGCAAAAGCGCAACAAAAUGCAGAAAUGGUUCCUUCCUUUUUGGUCAAAGGAUUCACUGCAUAUGAGAGAGCAAGCACAUUAGUAAUAGAACUGUCACUGGUAUCUUAUUUAGAACCGGACAGAGAUGAAAUAAAAAAAGAAACCAAGGAUGCCUUGAGGCUGGUCAUAUUAUUCUGUGAAAAGAUGCUCCAACAAAACCCUGAUAUCUAUCUUAGGAAACACAUUUUUGCCUUGUUGUUGCUUGCACAUCUUGACCUCAACUGUCGCACCUCUGUGGCUCGUAGUCAGCCUGUAUGUGAGGGAGAUGUAAAAGAAGCGGAAGAUUGCAUCAAAUAUGUAGAGCAGAAAUACAGUCAACAUCUCAAUGUUUCUCUGCAGAUCCAACUUUACAUGGCACAAGGUGAAUUGUGUUUUCGUAAGGCCCAAGUCCAAUGCCAGAAAAACCAAACAGAUAAUUGUCACCAGCAGUGGAAGAAUGAGAUGUACAAGCAAGCAAUUGUGCAUGUGAAAAUGGCAUUAGAAUUGGCACAGGAAACCAACUACCCCAUAGACAGCCAAACAUUAAAGGAGGGACUUGCCGAACUCAGCAUUCUGUGUGGAGAUGCCCAUUGUGCCAGCAUAACUGAACUCUGGACACCCAUCUCUCAAAAUGUUCAAUAGGGGUCUUAUGGACUGCUAUCUUUAUGCAUUUUGUGAAGUCAUAUGAGACUUGCAAUGGAAUAUCACGUGACAUUUUGAGUGGCAAACAACAAAAUAAAAAUUUAGUAUUCGCCUUUGGCCUAGUACUAAAGAGUGAUGCAAAAAAUAUUUCUAUAAAAAUUUUUUUUAUGAAAACAAGCCCUGGCUGAUCCUCUAGCAUUUCAUAAGUUCCUUUUUUUUGUUAUUUUGAUUCACAAAGUUUGAGCAUGCAUGAGUUUGCCAUGAAAAAAGUGAUGUCUUAGUGUAAGUUACACCGCCUACUGUACACAUUCUCGAGAGAAUGAAUGAAUCCAUAUUUUGAUGGUGUAAAUAUGACAUGAAAAGGAAAACAAAGAAAUCUUUCUUUGA